AUGCGCGCCGUCCCGCGCGAGGCGCUGGCGACGCUGCGCGCGAUCGGGGCGCGUCGACGCCCGCGCGCGCGCGCGAGCGUCGCGCGAGGGUCGAGUGAAGCGGCUGAACGCGUCUUCGCGUCGACGUCGGAGAGCGCGACGGCGAAGCUCGCGCGCGCGCUGGCGCGCACGGCGCGAAACGGAGACGUUAUAUGUUUGCGCGGACGCGUUGGAUCGGGAAAGAGCGCGCUGGCGAGGGCGUUCGUGCGCGCGCGGCUGGGAGACGCGCGGGCGGACGUCCCGAGUCCGACGUACCUGGUGCAGCAGCGGUACGAGACGGCGACGGGGGAGGUGCAUCACUACGAUUUGUAUCGAUUAACGGGAGAGGGAGAGGUGUUGGCGAUGUGUGAUUUGCGAGAGAGCGCGAAUGGGGCGAUAUCGGUGGUGGAGUGGAGCGAGCGGUUGGGACGGUUGACGCCGGAGGAGCGAUUGGAGGUGCACGUGGAGACGACGAGCGGGGAGGCGAGCGAGCUCGGGGAAGUGAUUCAGACGGACGAGGACGACGAGGAGGAUUCGGACGAGGAGGAUGAGGAGGAUGAGGAGGUGGAUGGUGAGGAGGUCGACGAGGCGUACGUAGACGUCGCGCCGAGGAUGUAUAGACUGGUAGGAUUCGGACGAUGGGCGUCGCUUGUUCGAGAGCUGAAACUGUGA